CAUAUCACCAACCUCUUACCUUCAUCUUCUUUCUCUCCGUCUGUAGGAAAAAAAAAUGGGAAAUUGCUUAAGGCGCGAGGGUUACGGCGCCGCCGCGGCGGAGGAGGAGUGGGAGGAUUUUGCGGCGGAGAAGUUUUCUUACGGCGGUGGUAGGAAAGCGACGAGAGAGGUUAAGAUAAAGAUCACGAAGAAACAGUUGGAGGAGUUGGUUGGUAAAGUGGAGGUGAAGGAGUUGAGAGUGGAACAGGUUUUGGCACAAUUCAUCGAUCAAUCGAUGGAACGGCCAUGGAGGCCUGCUCUUCAGAGCAUUCCAGAACAUUAAUAAAUGUAUUUUGAUGGAUCCAUGGAGCAGUGAAUUGAGCCUGUUCUUGGUUCAAUCCUUCCAUACAUGCACACUCUUAGGGUUUUGUUUUGGGAAUCUUAAUGUAACUCAUAUUUUUUUCUUUCUUUUUCUGUAAAUAUUUGAUCAUCCAGAACAUCUUUGCUUCCUUGAUUUUCUUUCCUUCUCUCUUGAUCAAUACAAUAUUGUAACUAAUCACUCCUAAUAGAAGGUGAAUUUUUGUAAUA